AUGCCACCCCGAAGACAACAUCUCAGUGGUGGUAGACUUCGUAAAACUGCAGGCAAUAAAUUCAAAUGUCCUGGUUGCCCACACACUUUUGAUAGUCAUACAGAAGUUAAUAAUCACGUAAAAGAAAUACACAAAACAACGUUAUUGGGAUUAACAUAUCAACAAGAUUCCAAACGAGCUGAAAAUUUGUUGUUUAAAGUAGAUUCACAUAAAGAAGAUUCGUGCAGAGAAAUUGAUAGACUUAUUAACGAGUUAUCGCGUGCCGAAGAAAAUUUAACCCAAACUAUUCUAAAUGAAAAAGUCUUAGCAGAAAAAGAAAAAGUAACAGCUACAAUUGAGAAGUAA